CAUCUGACAACGAAAACAAAAUCUCAAACACUGAAAAACAAGGCAUCUCUUCAUGGUUUAUAAUGAACAGAACAGUAAAAGAGAAGGUAAAAACGUUUAUUCUUUAGAUAUGAAACAGUACAGAUAAUAGAAAGAAAUUCUUACUUUUGACUUUGAAAUGUGCUGUUCAGUUUCUGUACUUUAAAAGUUUACUUUUCUUCUCAUGCUGAAGUGAAAAAUUUGGAAUUUGGAAAAGCAGGAAUUUGACCUAAAUGGUUGCAGUUGACUAUAGUGUGCUAUUCUUAUUUGGGCUUGCCGUUUGUGGCAUUGUCAUUUAUUAUGAAAUAAUCCUAUUUUAUUUUAUUGACCCUAAUCUAUACAGCCUAAUGUACUGAAUAUAUUUGUUGUUAAAAAUUACUGGUUGUAGUGUUCAAAUGAAUAGACAAAUGAUAAAUGAUGGAUGGAAGGCCCGAACAUGUUUCAUUUGUUGUAGGCUACAUCAACAGCAACAGAUAAAAGUUAUCAAACACAAAAGAAACUAACAAUUCUUGUGCACUAUUGCCAUGUUCGACUUCAGUCAGUUCCAGUAAAUCACACGUCACAUUAACGUAUUGACCACAUGAUGUCACCAUUUGUGUCAAUUAUGGCAAACAAAUGGGCUGAAAGCAGACUGCUGCCGUUCAUUUUGGAAACAGCUGACGAAAAGCAAUAAUUGUGGUAUAAACGUAAUGUUUUAAGUUUGACACUCCACACUACUGCUGCGUUCCAGACCCUCGAAACGGUCUGACGGGACGGAACGGUAGACAGCUGCUUCUUUCGGGAUUAUCUUUACACACAGUUAGCUAGUUGCAUGAUGCUUUUUUGCGCCCCGUGUUGACCGACAAGGUCUGGAUGAGCCAUAUUGCCUUUUGUUCUGAAGAAAUUUGAUGAAGUCAUUUUGAUUGACAUAAACCAGUGAGAAACAUGGCUGGUCCAGAUACAGGACAAAUAUUAAAUUACUGCAUAGGAAUCAUCAUGGCUGUCCUGCUGACCCAUGAAUGUGUUGUGGAAACACUUGAUUCCCCAGAAACAAGUAUAGAUUUACAGUUUAGCAACAUAAAUGUGCACUUGCAUCAUAGAAGACCAAGAAGCACGGUUCUUCAGAUGUCAAUGAGAAUAGAAGACAUUUUUGAUACCAGUCUCAGCGACCCAAAUAAUGAGAAGUUCAUACUCUAUGCCAGUAAAAUUGAUUCAGCAAUUGAAGAAAGUUACAAAAGUGUGCCUGCCUACAUAAAAGGUUCAGUAAGAGUCACUCGAUUUAGGCCUGGUAGCAUUAUAGCAGACUUUGAAUUUGAAUCAACAACCAGCAGCCCCAACAGCCCUGCAUUUGUAGCAGCAAACACACAGCUCAUCAGCGCUCUCAAAGAUAAAGGAAUCGAUGUAGCUCAGAAUCCUUUUGCUCAAAGUGAACAAAAUACAUUGUCCACUGCAGAAAAAUGGUAUCCUGAGCAAAAUAUGGUGCUGAAAUGCGAACGCCCAGAGUCUGUUGCGGGUGAAAUGAGAUGGACAGUGAAUGGCCAAGAUCCUACAUUAAACAAAGUUAAAUACAUCAUUUCAGAUGACAGAAGAACUCUCACUGUGAACAAUGUCAACGAGCGUGACAAAGGUCGAUACAUGUGUAUCAUAGACAGGACAAUACCUUACAUUCAAUGGCAAGAUAUAGUUAUUGAACCACUUCCUAAUAUCAUAGUGGGUGAAAAUGAAAGAAAGUUCCAGUGUGUACCCCAGACUGUUUCACUGAAAUGCUGUGAAGAAAAGAACCGUGUGGAGUGGACCCAGAUAACUUCUGAUGAUGAAGUGACUUCAGAGGAUGGAUGCAUCACAUUAAAACAUACAAUCAAAAAUGGAAAUUGUGGGAGUAAAUCCUUUACCUGUCGACUCACGAACCCGGUGCUUCAAGGUUUCACCUACACCAGUAAAAGUGUUACUGUUAACAAAGUCAAUGAAGAGUUUACCUGUAAGGAUGGAACACUUGGGGAUGGAAAGGAAGGUGAUACUUUGACAGGACCUUGUAAAAAAGGCAAGGAAGGCACCAUAAAAUAUAGAUGUAGAUCAGGUGAAUGGGAGUCUGAAGAGUCAAACUGUGUACUUCAAGUUAUCAAAGACCUUGAAAAGGAAGUUAAGGUCUUGGACGUGCAGGACAUACCAGUGUUUGUUGCUGAGCUUAGUAAUGCUACAGAGAAGAAUGAUAAAGAAAUAACACAGUCUUCUGUGACUGUCCAAACCAUUGUUGGAAUACUUGUAAAAGUUGCUGAUGUUUCACAAAACAUUACCAUCAAUCAGCCUGUGAUGGAGGAUUUCCUUAAAACAGUGGAUAUCCUUGUUUCAACAUUAGCCAUUGAUACAUGGAAAAAAUUGAACAAUGACAACAGGACAGAUGACACCAGCACAGCACUUCUUAGCGCUAUUGAGAUUAUUAGUAGCCGUCUCACAAAUUCCGAUUUUAGGAUUAUUGAAACAUCAAUUGAGUUGAAUAGAAAUGUCACAACCAGCUCCUCAUAUAGUCGAAUAUCAAACCUGCCAAACUCAACUACUGAGAUUCAGAUACCAGAGAUUCCUGUAUCCACUCUUAUAACUGUCAUAGUCUUCACAAGUCUUGACAAUGUCCUACCUACUCGAGAUACUAGUACCAGAUGUACUUAUGACAUUAGCAAAUCAGAUGUGCGCAUCAAUGGAGAUGUGGUUGUUGUUCAGGUUGACAACAAAAUUAUUAAUACAAUUUUUUUAACGUUUGACAUUACUGAUCAGUCUUUGGGAAAUCCUCAGUGUGUCUUUUGGAAUUUCAGUCUCAACACAUGGGAUUCCACUGGAUGUGAAGUAAAGCCCUCAAUGUAUGAAACUGGCAAGAUUACAUGUGAAUGCAACCACACAACCUCUUUUUCAAUCCUAAUGUCACCGUUUUCCAUUGAUCACAAAGCCUUAGCCUAUGUAACUUACAUUGGUGUAGCUAUUUCGAUGGCCAGCUUGAUUAUAUGCCUGAUUAUUGAGACUAUCGUAUGGAAGGUAGUAAGAAGAAAUGACACAUCCUACAUGCAACAUGUCUCCAUAGUCAACAUUGCUGUGUCCCUGCUGAUCGCAAACAUCUGUUUUAUCAUUGGAGCUGCAAUUGCAGAACAAGAGCAGCCAACCUCAGUGGGUCGCUGCAGUCCAGUGGUUUUCUUCAUGCACUUUUUUUACCUGGCUCUUUUCUUCUGGAUGUUAAUGUCAGCACUGUUGCUUUUUUACCGUACAGUCAUGGUCUUGUCUCAGAUGUCAAGGGCCAAAAGGAUGGUCAUUGCCUUCAUAGUCGGUUAUGGUGCACCUUUGCUUAUAGCAGUCAUUACUGUUGCAUCGACAGCUGGAAAUCAAAAUUAUGUUUCCAAAAGAAAUGCAUGCUGGCUGAACUGGUUUGAAUCAAAGGCCCUGCUGGCAUUUGUGAUUCCAGCUCUCACUAUUGUAGCCAUAACCCUUGUGGUUUUGAUUGUGGUUCUAUACAAGAUGUUGAGGAGAGGAGUUGGUGCCGCAACUCAACCAGAUGAGAAACAUGCCCUGGUGGUCAUUGCCAGAUGUGUGGCCAUUUUGACUCCUAUCUUUGGUCUAACAUGGGGAUUUGGAAUUGGAACCAUGGUGUCAGAGGAAUUAGGCAUUCAUGUGGUGUUUGCACUCCUCAAUUCACUGCAGGGAUUCUUUAUUUUGGUGUUUGGAACACUUUUAGACAGCAAGAUCCGUGAUGCUCUGGCAGGAAGACUGUCACUAAGGAACCUUACCAGCUCUAACCGUACCAGGAGUACUAAUGCAGGACCAUCAUCUUCAAGCGGACAAGAUUUAUUUUUAAGAAGAAGAAAUGAGUACAACUUAUCUACAGCCAGCAUUUUCACAACUGCAUCUUCAAACUGCUCCUAUUCCUCAGAUACUUUUAUGAAUGCUUGAUCAGCUACUUCGGUAACUGUAUAAUGUUAGCUUUUCCAAAAGCAUUUCCUAAACUGCAACUAUGUGAACUUCACUGAAAAAAUGUACAGAUUUGAUAUUUAAUUAAGGAUACAUUUUAUAAUUACAACAGUGGUGUGAUUGGAUGGGUCUAGAUUUGCUGUCCAGUUGGUAUUGUUAUAUUAUACACUGUUCUGUUCUGUCUGAUUUAUUUACAAAAUAAACAAAUAAAAAAAAAUA